CAAGCGGCUUGGCUGGGGACAGCCGAACAUUACCGGGAACAGUCGAAACGGAUCGAAACUCCCGUUUAUUGUGUGUACUUCCUGCUUCAAUUACAAUACUGUGUGUUAGCCUGAAUUGCCUCCAUGAGACACACCGCUCUGCCUCCUCCUCAGUCGCGUCCGAACGACGGAUGGGAGCGCGGAAACAACGGAUGUCGCCUCUAUCAUAUUAUUGAUGUUUCCAGACAUCCGCAGCAGCCCGCGUAGCCGGAUUGUGGCCGAUUUCGGACGCGCAGGCGUCGCAACUCCUGCUUGGAAUUAAAUUUUCUUUUGUCUGCGCAACUGGCCGCAACAUUUUUUUGAUGUGUGAUCAGGGAUUGGGAAGUAAACACGCCGGCCUGCGCUCAUGAUCAGAGGCGAGGUGAUACUGAUACCUCAGACUCAGAUCGUCCUUGAUCGCAAGUUGAUUUCACUUCGGAGCAGAGGGACCGCGCGAUCCAAUGGCGUCAGUUUCGAAGGUGUCUAUUCUGGAUUACUUUAAUAUUGUGUUUGAAGGUGAAAAUGGCAAAAUCGAGUCCAACUGCAAGGCUUGUGGCACCCGAAUCCAGGCGAAGCGGAGUGUCACGUCCAACUUCGUAACGCAUCUCAAGCGGAAGCACCAGGCUAUGUAUGAUGACUUUGUGAAAAGGAAGGAUAUGAAGAGAGAGGGCUACUCCUCUGGCUCCCUGCAUAGUUUCACCGCCAAUGGAGGGAAUACCCGCUACACUCUCCCCAUCAGCACAGGAGUGGGAGGAGGAGGAGGAGCAGCAGGAGGUGCUGGAGGAACUGUAUCCCUGGAGGGAGGAGUAGGAGGAGGCUCUGGAGGAGGAGUGACCAAGUUUGACAGACAUGACCCACGUCAGGUUCUGAUCUCUGAGGCUAUAGCCAAGAUGAUUGUGCGUGAUCUACAGCCAGUGUCCAUAGUGGAAAAUCAAGGCUUCAGAGAGCUGCUGCAGCUCCUGGAGCCGCGGUACACUCCUGAGCGCCAGCACUACAUCCAGAGCCAGCUCCUCCCCGCCUACGCCUACCAGGCCCAGCUAGCAACCCGUCAGGCCCUGGCCUCGACGCACGCCCUCAGUCUCAGCCUGGAUCUCUGGAGGGGCUUGACUGGAGCCACUUCAGGGUACCUCGGUGUCACCUGCCAUUUCCUCACGUCUGAUUGGCAGAUGUGUUCAGCUCUUCUGGCGUGCCUGCCCCUGACAGGGGGCAGCUCUGGGAAUCGUGUGCUUUCAGAUUUUGAUGAAGUAUGCCACUCUCAUGGCGUGUCAGGGAGAGCAUUUCGUGUUGUUGCGGACCCUUUACUGGCUACAACAACAGUAAAGCCACGUGGUCUACCUGGUUUCCUGAUUUCACCUCUUCUCGCUAAUGGGCAAAACGAAGAUGAUGAUGAAGAGGUGGACAAUAAUAACAGCGUGGAGGAAGGGAUCAGGAAUGGCCAUGGCGACGGUGGAGAGGAAGCAGAAUGGGAGGACUCGUGGGAGCAGGGUCUGGGUGUUUGUCGGGUGGACUGUUUCUCUCGCUCUCUCGAGCAGUGUGUCAGUGAGGGGUUACGCUCCUGUCCUCAGCUCUCCUCCACGCUGGCCAAGGCUGGCUGUUUCUACAACUACAUUACCUCUGCCGUCCCACCUGAGAAACUUACUCAGGUGUUUGAUGGUCCUGGGCUGAUCAUGGGGGGACCAGGAAAUACCCCUCCUGCAGCAAGAGACUGGGCUGCUCAGCUUAAGGUGCUUCGGCGGCUGCUGGACUCAGUGGAGUUCCUGGAGGAGAUGAGUGGUCCAGGGGAGCUGGCGCUGGGUGGAGCAGAGAGAGCCCUGCUGAGGGAGCUCACUGACACCUUGGAGCCCUUCACCGAGGCGUGGGACAUGGUGCAUGGGGACAGACAGGCAGACGUGCAGACAGACAGACAUGUGUCCAUCAGCCUGGCUCUGCCGUGUGUUCUGGGCCUCCGUAAGCAUCUCUCAGAGACGUCAACCCCCCACUGCCCCUCUCUCCUGGUGGGCCUCAGCCAGGCUUUAGAGAGUCGGCUGGCCCCUAUCCUGGAGGACCCCCUCUACAUCACUGCCACCACCCUGGACCCCCAGUUCAAGCUCACAUGGAGCAGCAACCCUGACUGGCACAGACAGGUUCUCAUAGAGGAGUUAUCCAAACAUUCCACAGCCUCCAGCCCCAUAGACCCCAGCACAGACCUACAUCCUCAAUCCCAGACCCCUCCAGCCCCAGCUCCAUCGCCUGUCUCCUCACUUUCUCGACCCUGUAAGCUCUUCUCCUUCAUCAAGCAGAGACCCGCAACACAGGCCAAGAGCCUAGAGCAGGAGCUGGCUAUCUACCUACGAGAGGAGCCCACGGACGAGGAGGCGUUGCAUUACUGGCGGCGUAAAGCAAUUGACUUUCCUCUACUCGCGCAGGUGGCCAAAAGGGCGGUCACCAUACCUGCUUGUGGCACUGUGGUGGAGGGCAUUUUCACCAGUGCUGGGCGCUGCCUGCAGCCAGAGAGAGGCCGCAUCUUACCAAAGAACCUGGAGACGCUCAUCUACCUCAAAGCUAAUUACAGAUUAUUAUGGACUUAAAGCUAAGAGUCAAGCAUUUCUUUAACCCAAAUAGCAACUGACGGCUUUAUACCUGCAGCAGAGUUACUUAUUGGAUACUAACCUCUGUUCCUUCAUAAGGGAACUGAGCUAGCAACAUAACGUAGUCCUCAUACUACACAUCAGGUGGAAUUACCUACCCAUAAUUUCAGAGCAGAGGCUCAGUCUCCAUCCAGGUUUUUCCAGACUGCAGACUGUAGGUGUGGAUUGCCAUCUGUUUGCCAUGUAGCCUGCAUACGGACUAUCAUACCACAUGCUGUGGAGAGAGGGGACUAGAAGCAGAUCAAUACUAAGGCAUUUACUUUGACAUUAUUUUGCCAGACAACCACAAGACCACAAAGCCCCCACUUUCUAUCCGCCCACCCCCAAAGACAGCUUGUGUCUGUACCAGCCAGCCCUGACAUAAAAACAAUAACCGAAUGGUCAAUUACUGCAUACUGUAGCAUAUGAUUUAUUUUCAGUGAUAUACGCUAACCCUAGAGGUUCUGACUAAUGCAUUUGAUGUUGUUUUUCAAGGAAGGCAUCAGCUGCUAAACGAUGUGUCAGUGCAUAAUCCACUUAUUCUUUAUUCUCUGUAUGUAUGCCUCAUCACUGGGACAUCAUAAUAAAUGAGUUUCACUUCUGAAAUGCAGGGUUGUGUGCAGUUUGCAGAUGUGAGUGCACUCACGCAUGUAUGCAGGUUGCACACCAUUAUUUU